AUGGCCUUCUGGCAAAUUCAUGAUUUUCAUGUGGGCGGAGGACAUUUGCUGCAGCUGUUUCCGCCUGUGACCUCCUGUCUCUUUCAAAACAAUCAAAUGGUGCCACCACUGGGGCGUAAUUCAAGAGUGGCGCCCGCCAAAACAAGACGAGGACCACAAGCACAAGUUUUAAGGCACGGCACUCGUGACGAGACGUGUGUCCACUCAUUGGCGAGGCACCUGAUUGAAGGAGGCGCGUGGUUUAAAGAAGAUCGACCGAAAGCCAUUAACAACUGCUGCAACACUAGUCGUGAACGAUCGGCAAAAGUUCGUUACAGAGCUGUCAACGGCACCUACAUGAAGGUGUCAAUGAAGUCAGCACGCGAUACCUUCUCCUAUGCCGCUCUAGGGGCCGGAUUGAACCCAGACAGAACACUGUAG